AUGCUGGAUAACCUGGAGUGUGUCGACCAGCGCGUUUCUCGUGGCCCAUUCACGUUCCUUGCCCCCUCCCCGAACGGGAAGGCCCUCGCACUUCUCACCGCACAAAACGUCCUCUGGGUAGUCUCGUCCGACUUCCAAGGGGAGCUCGCCGAGUCCGACCUCUCGCUCGAGGGCGUCUCAGGCCCACCGAAGCAGAUGGUCUGGUGUGGAAACGAUAGAUCGGUGUUGGUGUGGGAUGCCUUGGUGCUGCUGAUGGGACCGUUUGGGGAUGCGCUGAGGUAUUUCUAUGCCUCUCCGGUGCAUGCGAUCGGUGAAAUCGACGGGACGCGUAUCGUCGGGGCAGAGAAGUGCGAUUUCCUGCAGCGAGUGCCCUCAUCUACUGGUGCCGUCUUCCGCCCCGGUUCUACGUCCCCUGCUGCAACCCUCUUCGAUGCGAUGACACACUUCGAGCGUAAAUCCCUGAAAGCUGACGAGAACGUCCGCAGUAUCCGUCCGGGGUUGGUAGCCGCUGUAGAUGCGUGCAUUGAUGCCGCCGCUCAGGAGUGGGAACCAUAUUGGCAGAAGAAGCUUCUAAAUGCUGCUUCUUUUGGACGAGCGUUCUUAAACUUGUACGACACGCUCAAGGUGCUCAAUGCCGCAAGAUACUAUGAGAUCGGCAUACCCAUAUGCCCAAUAGGCUGUUCAACGGGAACUGGAUCAGAUUCCAUCGACGACGAGCGCGAGAUAAUGUUCAACUGA